AUCCGGACAGCAUGGCGGCCAUCAUUGAUUACGCAUACACCCGACAUGUUAAGGUUUGUAGUGGGACAGGCUUUACAGCGUUCUCGAUUGUUCAUUGUUGGGUCUAUACAAAUCACGAGUUGUGGGGUGUUGUUUUUUGGUCUGAGAAUCUGUGAGAACCCUUGGAUGCUACGUGGACAUAGUUCUGGGGUUGCAUAGUUGGGCAGGGCGGGUGAUGUGUGGUUGGGUGAUUUCAAGUAUGCAUCCUUGACCUUACAAUCUUCAUUUAUGUAAAAUUUUAUAAACGUUAUAGUUUAUGAGUUGUUUUUUUUUUCCAAUAAAUAUCUUCUGCCGGCCAGGGUGGUCCGUGCAACAAAAAUGUGAGAACUACUCGACUUUACUUUGAAUUAAUAAUAUAAAACAUAUUUAAGUUUCUCCUACAUUCGUUAGCCAUACAAAGAGUGCUAAUCUAUACGUCUUUAAAAUCUUUGCGUAAUGCAUUUGAAGAAAGUUUUAAUUAUGCUCUACUUUUGGGACUUUAUUAUAGCUCUGUUAAUUUAAUGUCAAUUGAGAUGAUGGGUAUAUCCGGGCUCAUGUCCUGUUACCAUCAAACCCGAUGGAGCGAUUUCUUAAGAUUUUAGGCAAGUUCUAAACAAAGUUGUUGUUUUUUGCGCGUGGGAGAGGGGGGGGGGGCAUCUUGUCACUUGUUAUUAUUUGGCAUCGUCAUAAAAGGCCAGGCAUGAUUUGUUCUCAGGUGAUUUUUUUUUUUUUUUUUGUACAUGCAAUAUUUGACUUACCUAAAACCCUCUUUGCUCUUGUGAUUUCAACAUCAAAAUCAAUCGAUAGCUGAUAGACCUUAACCUGAAGGUUUAUUAGAGCAUCUUCAUACUAGCCUUGCCUGCAUGGUCUGUCAAAGUAAUGCACCCAGUUACACGUGUGCUCGUUUUUCGUCAACUAUAGCAGCAAACAGUGGUUCCAAGCGUUUAUGAAUCGCACUUUUUUAGAAUUAAUUUAAACAGAGGAAACAUGUUAUGCCUACUGGUACCCUAUUUUUGUUACUAGUGUUUAGUGUUUAAGAAUUGCCCGGAGCGGCUGCGGAUCCCCUGAGAAGACCUCGGGGAGCCCCGGUUGGGAACCACUGGUUUAGAUCCUGACUCGUAUCCCCCCUUUAAUCUACACUGCCCAUAAACUGUUGGCCUAUCCCCCCCCCCCACACCCUUUCCAUCAGCUAAGCUGGGCCAACAUCGAGGAGCUGCUGCCUGCGGCCGACCGGUUCCUGGUGUCUGGCCUCGUCAAGCCCUGCUGUGACUUCCUCAAGAAGAGCAUCAACCCUGAGAACUGCAUUGGUAUCCGAAACUUUGCCCAGACCUACUCGUGUAGGGAGCUGGAGAAGGAGGCCCACAAUUUUCUCCUCAGGAAGUUCCAAGAAGUGUCGACUACAAGUCAGGAGUUCCUCGAAAUGCCCAUUGAUCAGGUCUCACAUCUGUGUCUCAUGUAAUAAAUAUAUCUCUUGCUCUCUCUUGCUUUCUCACGCGCUCUCUCUCUCUCUCUCUCUCUCACUCUCUCUCUCUCUCUCUCUCUCUCUCUCUCUCUCUCUCUAUCUCUUUCUACUUUUUCACCCCUCUCUUCUGCAUCCCUAUAUAAGAAUAAAAAUCUCACAUCUGUGUCUCAUGUAAUAUAUAUAUCUCUCGCUCUCUCUUGCUCUCUCUCGCGCUCUCUCUCUCUCUCUCUCUCUCUCUCUCUCUCUCUCUCUCUCUCUCUCUCUCUCUCUCUCUCUAUCUCUUUCUACUUUUUCACCCCUCUCUUCUGCAUCCCUAUAUAAGAAUAAAAACGGUAUUCAUUGUGUAUAAAUCCAUUAAAAUCUACAUAUCCACCAAUCUAUCAGCCAUCCAGUGGCUUUUUUCCGCCCUCUUCCACGAAACAAAUCAACAUUUGGUGGAAAAUGUCAUCCCUGCAUAUAAGAAAAAAGGUCAGCCUCCCCCCUCUGCACCCCUUUCCUACGCCCCAGCCACCAAUCAUCAAUGCAUCAAACUAAAACAUCCAUCCAAGCAUCCAUAAAUGCAUUAACGACUCAUGUAUUACCUCAUCCAUCCAAUUUACGCUUAAAUCUACUAAGAUUCUUGUUCAUCUGCAUUCACUAUAGUUUUUAUUUUAUAAACUCUACUAACCUGAGGUGGUUGAUUUGUUUUCAUGAUAUUUCUUUUAAAAUAUCAUUAACUUCUAUUCUAAAGCGUGCCACCUUUCCACAAAAGCUUAUUACAAUGUUGAUUACAGGUCAAAAGUUCCUCCCUCUAUACGCAUAUAUAUAUAUAUAUAUAUAUAUAUAUAUAAAUAUAAAGCUCAUUGAGAAUUGUUUUGAUUGAUAAUUUUAGACCCAAAACCUACUGGAACCCAUUUUAAUCUUGCCAGAGGGGAGGUGGAGCUGACGAAACAUUGUCCGAGUGGAGUUUGUCCAAAAAAGCCUGCUCCAAAAAGUAUUCUGCUAAUAAUUCAACUUAAUUAUUACCGGGUACUUACAAUUUGUAAGUAAAUAUGCCUUUACUCGGUCUAUAGAAAACAUGUUGGGUUAGGGCUAAUACUUUGUCCGUAUGUGUAUGCGUGCAAUAGAGACCGACCGAAUUUCGACUUCGGAUAAGUUUCGGUGCCGGAAGUUGCCAUUUUAUGCGUUUUGGUGUAAUUUCGGUUCAGGCCGAAACAGAAAAGUUGACUUUCACUUAAUUUUUUAUUUUGGUUGAAAGUGAUUGAGUUUUUCUGUCAUCUACCAGAAGUCAGACUUUUUGUCUCUAGGCCGCCAAUUCAAAAUUUCUGAUAGAUAUUCGCGACAUCUUGCUGUAAUCGUAUGUAAUAUGAAUAAUUAUCUUCAAAAACUGUCGCUUAUGAAUGAUGACCUUCUUGUCCUUUAUUACCAUAAAAGAAGUAAACUUUAAGUAAGCCGAAGCAAAAGUAAAUAAUUUACUUGGAAAACAACUACUGGAAUGGUAAUAUUUAUAUUAGUAGUAUUGUUUUAAUUAUCUGAACAUAAAAUUGGGGAACCCAAGGUUUAUUCACUUCAUUCAUUUGAAACAUUCAUUUUGAUUAUCAUUAUCCUAGUCAUAAAUAUUGUCAUAGGCGAAGGUGAAUAAUCUGGAAUAAUCCUAGGAAAUUGUGGUAUUUCCAUUAUAAUGUUUGUUUCAUUUAAAAAAAAAAAACUUGGGGGAAAUUUAGGAAUUUCAAUUUAAUCCUUUAUUAAAACUCAUCCGUAUUAUAAACAUUAUUAUUUACGAAAUCAAACACGUGUGCAUGCAUCACUGGUUGCUAUAUUAACUAUGUAGUAGUCCUACUGCAGACCAGUUUACUGUCAUGAUUUUGGCGACCAAUUUACGAUUUUCAUUGUUCCUUUGUUGUUGUUUUUUGUUGUUUCUUUGUUGUUUUUUUUGUUUGUUUUUUUUGNCUGUGUGUUAUAAUCUUGACCACUGUCCUUUCACAUCCAGCUGUGUGUUAUAAUCUUGACCACUGUCCUUUCACAUCCAGCUGUGUGUUAUAAUCUUGACCACUGUCCUUUCACAUCCAGCUGUGUGAAAUUUUGGACUCCGACUACCUAAAUGUAAGAAACGAGGAGAUGGUGUUUGACGCAGUUAUUCGCUGGAUUGACCACAGUCCUGACACCAGGAAACAGGAGAUGGCUAGGCUGCUCAUGUGUAUCAGGCUAGGCAUCAUCACCACCAGAACUUUUAUAGAAAAGGUAAGUGGGCCAAUGUGCACAAGAGGGAUUAACAGCCGGUUCAAUGUGCACAAGAGUGAUUAACACCUGGGUCAAUGUGCACAAGAGUGAUUAACAGCCGGGUCAAUGUGCACAAGAGUGAUUAACACCUGGGUCAAUGUGCACAAGAGUGAUUAACAGCGGGGUCAAUGUGCACAAGAGUGAUUAACAGCGGGGUCAAUGUGCACAAGAGUGAUUAACAGCCGGAUCAAUGUGCACAAGAGUGAUUAACACCUGGGUCAAUGUGCACAAGAGUGAUUAACACCUGGGUCAAUGUGCACAAGAGUGAUUAACACCUGGGUCAAUGUACACAAGAGUGAUUAACACCUGGGUCAAUGUGCACAAUAGUGAUUAACACCUGGGUCAAUGUGCACAAGAGUGAUUAACACCUGGGUCAAUGUGCACAAGAGUGAUUAACAGCGGGGUCAAUGUGCACAAGAGUGAUUAACAGCCGGGUCAAUGUGCACAAGAGUGAUUAACAGCCGGGUCAAUGUGCACAAGAGUGAUUAACACCUGGGUCAAUGUGCACAAGAGUGAUUAACACAUGGGUCAAUGUGCACAAGAGUUAUUAACACAUGGGUCAAUGUGCACAAGAGUGAUUAACACCUGGGUCAAUGUGCACAAGAGUGAUUAACACCUGGGUCAAUGUGCACAAGAGUGAUUAACACCUGGGUCAAUGUGCACUAGAGUAAUUAACAGCUUAGGAAAACAACAACAAAAAAUGAGGAGGAUGGGACAAACCACUCACACAGUUUCAGAAGAUGGCCACCAUAAAAUGUUCCAAUGGUAAGCUUCUCAGGAAAUCGACUCCCUUUUCUGAAAUGUUGAAAUGUAGAAUUAGCAGUAAAAUUUACUGUAAAAGUGGAAGUCCCCGUUGUAUCAGAUCAAACAAAAGGGGUCAAACAUUACACACACUUGACACACGCACAAAACGCUCACGUCAAGUUAAAUAAAACAUUACAGAAAAUAACAGCUUUUAAACACAUGUAUUCAUCUACAACUCAUUAAUGGAAUGCUUCUGCAAGAACUCAGCCACCGCUCAGCCGUAAAUGUAAGAAGACAAAAUAUUGGGCUCAGCAGGGCAAAGGCACGCGACUUACUUAAGCCUAUCAUCAAGGAACAUUUCAAUUGAACCCCAUUAACAUCUUUACUUGUGAUCAUUCGAAAUAUUCAGGACUGGAAUUCCUUAAACACUCGAAAUUUUCAAUUUCGUUUAACUCCAAAACGAAGUGAUGACUUAAGUAUGUAAUGACUCGAACGAUUCAGGUUAAGCCCCACAAGUAUGUGAUGGCUUGACAUUUUCAGGUUAAACCCCACAAGUAUAUGAUGACUUGGCAUGUUCAGGUUAAACCCCAAAACUAUGUGAUGACUCGAACGAUUCAGGUUAAACCCCACAAGUAUGUCAUGACUCGACAUUUUCAGGUUAAACCCCACAAGUACGUGAAGGAAUGUGAAGCCGCCAAGUCUAUAGUGGUUGAGGCAUUACGUCUUCUCUGUGACCUUGACUGGGAUGACCAGCGCACAACUGACCCUUCCAACCGAAUGUCCCGUCCACGUGUCCCUCACGAGCUCCUGUUUGUGGUCGGGGGCUGGAGCGGGGGCACGCCUACCAACUUAGUUGAAGUGUACGACACUAAGGCGGACUCAUGGGUGGUCUCCCGGCAUCACGACGUUGGUAAGACCCGUGGGGUGGGGGCUUUGCGGAAAUGGUGAGUCUCCCGGCAUCACGGUGUUGAUAAGACCGGGGGGGGGGGGGGCGGGGGGGGGGGGGGGCAGGUAGGUCUUCAUUCCUCCACAACCUCUGAGGGUAGCAGGGAUACCAAAGCUUUUGUAUCAUUUAUUUCAUUCAUAGAUUUCAAACGGGGUAGCUGGAAGGGACCGUCUUGAAACCCAUUCCGUUUUUUGGACACGUGUGCAUUCCCCCACGUUUAAGUCUAAGUAGGUGAAAAUAUCUUCCCAGCUACUUUUUUUCCAGUUAGUUAUUCAGUGCAUGACAGAGCGAACAUACGUAGUAAUGUCAUGCACAGGUUAGGGAUUAUGAUUGCAAGUGUGGCUUCAUUAUCAUAUUUGACGAGUUAACUGUGUGAACUCCUUUGACGAUACAGACUAUGUGGGUCAUUGAAGAAAGUUUCAAGGCAGCCGAUUCAUCCCCGCCCCUAGCAUAGAACUGAAAGAGCCGGCCAGCAUUUCUUUAAAAAGGGCGACCGCUUGAGUCUCAUAAUGGGGGAAAAAGGGGGGGGGGCGGAAUUCAAUAUUCGCUAUGCUCCAAAAUCUAUUUUUAAAAAGAAAAGGAAAAAUUAAAAAAAGAAAAUACUUUUUCCACGUUCGUCUAGCCGGGAGAGUGCCCAGAUUAACUGUGUGAACUCCUUUGACGAUACAGACUAUGUGGGUCAUUGAAGAAAGUUUCAAGGCAGCCGAUUCAUCCCCGCCCCUAGCAUAGAACUGACAGAGCCGGCCAGCAUUUCUUUAAAAAGGGCGACCGCUUGAGUCUCAUAAUGGGGGAAAAAGGGGGGGGGGGCGGAAUUCAAUAUUCGCUAUGCUCCAAAAUCUAUUUUUAAAAAGAAAAGGAAAAAUUAAAAAAAGAAAAUACUUUUUCCACGUUCGUCUAGCCGGGAGAGUGCCCAGGAAUCACGACGUAUUGUUUAAUUUCGGUUCACGAAGUUGUUUUUAGAAUAAUAGGUUAUGUGGCGCCUGAUUGCUAUCUGGUCCCAAAAAUUCACAAAGGCGAGAUGAUUUUAUAAAGAGAUAUACAAAUGCUGAUUGGAGGGGCUAAGAGACGUAUGGGUUAUUUCCCCCCGUGUCGCAGCAUUUUGAAAAUUAUUAAGCCUUAGAUCGUUAUUGUGAUUAUAGGAAUACCGGUUUAUACAUUAUGAUAGGAAGGAGUAUCUGAAAGACUGGAUGUGAAUUCUGAAUCUAGGUUUAGUAUCAAACUAAUCGCUGAAGAAUUCGUUGUCACUCUAGCCGAUGUUUCUGUGCUCACAACAGGUGCCCGAGCUUACCAUGGAUGUGUCACCAUUGACCAUUGUAUCUUUGUCAUCGGGGGUUUCGAUGGUGUGGAGUACUUCAACAGCUGUCGGGUGUUUAACGCAGUUACCAAGGUCUGGUCUGAAAUGGCACCGAUGAACUCAAAAAGGUUAAAGUGUAAAUAAUCGUGUAGGCUGUAACCCGUUUGUUGGUGACUUCUCAUUCAUUUAGCUUUAACUUGAUCACUAGUACAGUGUCUUUUGAUAGUGUCUCAUAGCAGUGUCUCAUAGCAGUGUCUUAUAACAGUGUCCGAUAACAGUGUCUUAUAACAGCGUCUUAUAACAGUGUCUUAUAACAGGGUCUUAUAACAGCGUCUUAUAACAGUGUCUUAGAACAGUGUAUUAUGACAGCAACUGUUCAAUACCAAAAAAAAUAUGUCUUUUUUUUUUUUUUAAAUUACCCUAGUGCCCAUACGAAGUACUUGCAAAGGCGUCAAAAGGACUGGGAAAAUGUAAUCAACGACUUAAUCAUUUAUAUAUGUUUACAUUGAAAAUUGGUUUGAAUAUUCAACUCAAAUGUCAAGGCACUUCUUCUGUAUGGCUGUGAAACUUGGAGAACAUCAAAAACAAAUAUUAAAAUCAAAAUGAGAUGGUGUGACAAAAUUUCUGACACUGUCCUUUGAGACAGAACAUCAAGUGUUCGAGUGGAAACGGAUAUACAACAGAGAAAAUGCAGAUGGAUAGGGCAUACAUUAAGUAAGCAAAUCAAACAGUAACAUAAUAAUAAGGGUAUUGAAUUGGAAUCAUCAAGGUACCGUACCUGGAUUAGAGGAAGAGGUGAAGAGAAUGAAGAAAAGCUGGGCUGAACUAGCAAAGACUGCCCAGGACUCGGACAGAUGGACACGUAUUGUGGAUGACCUAUGCUCCAUUGGGCUGAACUAGCAAAGACUGCCCAGGAUUCGGACAGAUGGACACGUAUUGUGGAUGACCUAUGCUCCAUUGGGCUGAACUAGCAAAGACUGCCCAGGACUCGGACAGAUGGACACGUAUUGUGGAUGACCUAUGCUCCAUUGGGCUGAACUAGCAAAGACUGCCCAGGACUCGGACAGAUGGACACGUAUUGUGGAUGACCUAUGCUCCAUUGGGCUGAACUAGCAAAGACUGCCCAGGACUCGGACAGAUGGACACGUAUUGUGGAUGACCUAUGCUCCAUUGGGCUGAACUAGCAAAGACUGCCCAGGACUCGGACAGAUGGACACGUAUUGUGGAUGACCUAUGCUCCAUUGGGCUGAACUAGCAAAGACUGCCCAGGACUCGGACAGAUGGACACGUAUUGUGGAUGAACUAUGCUCCAUUGGGCUGAACUAGCAAAGACUGCCCAGGACUCGGACAUAUGGACACGUAUUGUGGAUGACCGUUGGGAAUGAUAAAGGCUAAGAAGAAUGUUCACUUAAACUUCAUUAGUCUUUCAGUUUCAGAAAGAAAGAAAAAACGCGUUGGUCAAUUCACUCGUCACUUCUUCUAGAGACAGUUAUAAAUGAGAGAUUUGGACUACUGGGAUGUAGAGACAGUUAUAAAUGAGAGAUUUGGACUACUGGGAUGUAGAGACAGUUAUAAAUGAGAGAUUUGGACUACUGGGAUGUAGAGACAGUUAUAAAUGAGAGAUUUGGACUACUGGGAUGUAGAGACAGUUAUAAAUGAGAGAUUUGGACUACUGAGAUGUAGAGACAGUUAUAAAUGAGAGAUUUGGACUACUGAGAUGUAGAGACAGUCAUAAAUGAGAGAUUUGGACUAUUGAGAUGUAGAGACAGUCAUAAAUGAGAGAUUUGGACUACUAAGAUGUAGAGACAGUUAUAAAUGAGAAAUUUGGACUACUGAUAUGUAGAGACAGCUAUAAAUGAGAGAUUUGGACUACUGAGAUGUAGAGACAUUUAUAAAUGAGAGAUUUGGACUACUGAGAUGUAAAGACAGUUAUAAAAGGAGAUAUUUUGGACUACUGAGAUGUAGUCCUAUGAAUAAGUGGAGGGAAAGGUUGGAGGUUUGAUCUUCUAUUUCACAACUCUCAAGAUCUUUUUGCUUAAUUGUGCAUGAAACCUUUUUUUUUUCCAAACAAAUACUUAACAGAUGUUAUGUAAGCGUUGCUGAAUUAGACGGCCUGAUCUAUGCGAUGGGAGGAUUUGACGGCCAGCUCCGGCUACAUUCAGUGGAGCGUUUCAACAGGCAGACCAACCAGUGGAGCUUCAUACAGUCCAUGAACCACCAGCGGAGUGAUGCAAGGGCAACAACAAUGGGCGGUGGGUAAACACAAUCCAAAAAUAAAAACUUACUAGAGAUUUUUUUUUUUUAAAACGUCAGUGAAACCGCUUUAGGCUCGGUAAAAUACAACUAUCGGUAAGAGAAACGAAAAACUUAAAAACAAAAGGGAUUAAAGAACCACAUUAAUUAAUAUUUUCCGGAGAAUAACAUGGGAUGACCAUGAUUGGGGCUGUUUGAGAACUAUAGCCACCGACGUUCUCAGCCAAAAUAGACCAGGCAUUAGAGUUCAUUCAUCAUAAACACCAUGGGGCACCUAUUUGCACCACAAAUGAAAAUAAAACAAAAAAUUGUUUAAAUACUUUAAUAAAACAUGCUUUUCCAAAAACGUACUAAAAAGUAUAAAAUAGGUGUCCUCCAAAACUUGAGAGUUAUUCCUCUUAUGUGACUAAUCAACAAAACGUGGGGCACCCAUGAGCUCAAUGUUCUUUGUUUCAGCUCAUUCGGAGAUCAGGAAGUGGGUCGAAAUUGAGAUGCAAGAUUUGACAACACACAAACUAACAAAUGGACAGAGCAACAUAUGAGAAAGUCGCACGACAUCAUUGUAUUUCAUGGGCGCCAAACGUUUUUUUUUUUUUUUAAAGACAAAUGACUGUAAUAACUUUAACAUUUUGGGGACAUUUAUUUUAUACUUUUUAGAACAUUUUUGGAAAAGCAUGUUUUUAAAAGUAGUUUUAGCUUGUUUCAUUGUGUGUUUUUUAGUCAGAGUGUACAAAGUUUCAUUUCAAUUAGAGAUCAGACAGUGCGUCAAAAGUCAGAAGCAAGAUUUGACCCGCAGGGGUCACUCAAGGGUCAGCUAAGUGCACUAGUAAUCUAGUGAUCAUGAAGGGUUGUCUUAACAUGGGGGGGGGGGGGUGGUUAAGCGGUACAAAGUUUCAGCUCAACCGGAGACCAGAAAGUGGGUCAAAAUUGAGGUGUAAGGUUUGACCCGCAGGGGUCACCCAAGGGUCAGUGGAGGUCACUGGUUACGUGUUGAUCUCAAAGUGUUGUAUUGUAACCGAGAUUGAGUAACCACGCAAAACUUCCAGUCCAUCGGACGAAGCAAACAGGUCGAAAAUUGAGUUACAAGAUUUGACCCUGACAAUAAGAAAACAAUCGCAAGCCAAACAAAAGCGUGUAAAAAAACAACACACUCAUGAACUGAAUCGAUGAACUGUGUGAGUGUGGCCUAACAUUAAUAGCAUAGCACGUAUAUUUUUAUAUCUGAAAAAAAAAAAAAGAGUUGAUUGAAAUUUUUGAGUCAUUGUUAGACCUUUUAAGACCACAAUGAGAUUAGUUUUAAAAAAGAAAACAAACGCAAGCCAAACAAAAGCAUGUAAAAAAACAACACACUCAUGAACUGAAACGAUGAACUGUGUGAGUGGGGCCUAACAUUAAUAGCAUAGCACGUAUAUUUUUAUAUCUGAAAAAAAAAAAAAAAAGAGUUGAUUGAAAUUUUUGAGUCAUUGUUAGACCUUUUAAGACCACAAUGAGAUUAGUUUUAUGCAAAAUUUGUGCCGCUUAAUUUCGCUAUUCAAUUUAAGAUAUCAGUAUUUCAAGAAACAUUCAUUUCAAAGAGGGUUUCUGUGUUCCUAUUGUUUCAUAUGAUAUGCUACCUAUGCUAUCUACCUUGAUGAGAUUAAUAAACCGGUAUAUGGGCUAUUAUUGUUUCAUCUUUCGCAUGCGAAGAUGACCAAGGCUUCCACUUAUUGAGUAGUACCCUUGACUUUAGCUGUAUUUGGUUUUUAAGUUUUGAGGGAGGGUAGCGCAAUUUUUUAGCCGCCUUCUCUAGUCCUUGUCUGUGUGUUCCAAUGGCAAGACUUAGUCAACACGACUGUAAAUAGGACCAGGCUGCAGGAGAUGACCAGCAGUUUAUCUUGUGUCUCACUGUGCUCUUUGUGCAUUCCUCGCCACAAGAGCUGUCGGAAUUGGAAUUGUGUUCGUGUGAUACCGUUUUUGAUCUCUCAGAGUUUGCUUUCUCUUAGAUGAGUUGCCAUCCAAGGUUAUAAUGUUUCAUCAACCACUCAAUGUGAUUUGGUUAUUUUUGCUUGUCUACGCUUUUGCUGGAGCUUGAGCUCCAGUCCAUAACCUUCGGAUUGACGCAGCUUGGACCGCUCGGCCACCCAACACCAUAUUUAGGCUACUAUAGCGUUUAUCUCUCUCUCUCUAUCUCUUUGUCUCUCUCUCUAUAUAUAUAUAUCUCUUUCUCUCUCUCUCUCUCUCUCUCUCUCUCUCUCUCUCUCUCUCUCUCUCUCACUCAUUACUUCUCGUACGCGACCUCUCACACACACAUAUACACUACUUCUCGUUCUAGGCCUCUCUUUUUUUCUUUUUCUUUUUUUCUUUUUUUUUUUUUUUUGUCUUUUNGCAUGGACAUUUUUUUGGAGCUUUCACAAACAGUACUUGUUUAAACAAACAAACAAAAAUGAUACAGAUCUGAAUAUUGGUUAAGAUAUGAGUCUUUAAGUAUAAGAAUUAAAUUUAUAUCGAUUUUCAGAAGCAAGGCAGAGGCUGGUUGAAGGCAGAGGCUGGUUGAGGCAGAGGCUGGUUGAAGGCAGAGGCUGGUUGAAGGCAGAGACUGGUUGAAAGCAGAGGCUGGUUGAAGGCAGAGACUGGUUGAAGGCAGAGACUGGUUGAAGGCAGAGGCUGGUUGAAUUUUAAGUGGGGAUCAACCUCCGUUAAUGGUACAUACAUUUAAACAUGGCAUAUGCACUUUUUACAGUUAUAGAUAUGUUUUACAGUUAUGAGAAAAAAAGAAUUUUCUUUGUACUUCACGGACCUGAAUAAAAUACUUGUGUAGGCCUUCAGUGUUGAGAAGAAACAAUAAUCUCCAAACACAAUGAUGUAAUAAACUUUAAUAACUAUUCAAAGAUUCUUCUUAAAAAAUAAAAAAAAGGACUGAUUGACUAUUUCAAAAAUAUAUAUUUCAAGAGCGUUACAAAAAUGUCGCUUUUUUUUUUCUUGUUGUUUUUUUUUUUUUCUUGUUUUUUUUUUUAAAUUUUUUUUUUUUUUUUUUUUUUUUUUUUUUUUUUUUUUUUUUUUUUUUUUUUUUUUUUUUUGUUGUUUUUUGUUGUUGUUUUUUUUGUAGUUGCAACAAAGCAUUUAACCGUCUGCAUAAAAAAAAGUUAUAUCUUGAAAUUUUUUUAUUACCCCUUAAAAAGAAAUUAGAAAUCUAUUUAUAGAUACCUCAAAGCCACUUUCUGGUGGUGUGUUAUGUUAGUUACCUGUUGGGGACAAACAAUCCGUUGGGAAACAAUUAGCCCUUAACAAUUAGGUCGAAUAUAGGUACUGACACCUUAGCAAUAAACUAAUAACACAGUCACCGUCAAAGACGCACUCAGGCAUACAACUACCUUACAAAUAGACCAGGGGCCUCAAACUCAAAUCAUGGGGGGGGGGGGGAGGAGAGUCUGAUUGAGACUGGAACGCAUGAAGUAUUCCACAAAAAAGCGAUUACAAAUUCAAUAAAGUAAAAAUAUUACAAUCUGCUCACCUUUUAGUAAUAAAAAAUAAAAACAUUAAGGGUUCUCAAGAACUAGGCUUCACGUUCUUCCUCCUCCUGCUUGUUUUGCAGUGACCAAGCCGACAGGUUCGGAAUUUCCCUCACUCGUAAUUAUUAGCGACAAUUUUAAUAGCGAUUCUUUGAUACCGUGUCAGAUUGCUACGAUUUACACAAGUAUGUUUGUACAUUACCACUAACUAACUUUUUACAAUUUUGAAAUAUUUAUAUAUAAUAUUCGAAACGUGUUUUCUCAAAACUGCACGUUGGCCAUGUUUGUUGCAUAAAAUGCUACAAAUUAAAAACUUUUAGUCCGAUAUUAAAACGGUUUUUACCAUUAUCAUCAACGUCCAAAUCUAUGCAAACAUAAACAAAAUCAGAAUUAGACCAGUCGUUGAUGUUCGACUGAUACCGUCGCGGAGGGUCACAUUAUAGAUAUGAGAAUGGGGAAAACGCGCGGGCCGCAAAAUAUCGUCUUGCGGGCCGCAAGUGGUCCGUGUUACAAUAAGUUCGGGUUUUUACGGUACACGAAUAAUAGAGCCUUCAAAUGUUAAAUAUUUGCCCUCCAAAUUUUACAACUCUCGACGACGAAUAAUAUUCGAUGUUUAUGUUUGUAUAAACAAAGGUCCCUUCUGAUACGUUAGAUUAGUACGUCCACUAAGGCUCUGUCUAGGGUAGGAUUAUAUUGCUAAUUAAGUACUCUAAAUGAACCUCACUCCACACUCACUCUAUUAAUCUAACGUUCAAUGACACACUCACUAGCUCUCACUUCAAUUAAUACUAUCACUAUACUAAGAAACACAGGUGGUUCAGCCCACAAUUAAAUAUUUAAUUAUAAACUAUAAUAAACAGAAUUAACGACAAACAUACACAUAUAGAGCAAUGUCUAAGUAAUUAUAUAAUGUUUAGGUCUAAUACAAUUUUGUCAUGGACUAAGAUGCGAUUGGUGGGAUGUCUUCUGUAGGCGGGUCCAAUACACACACUUGAUUUGUCCAGGGACGUCUUAAGAACAUAGGGGGCCCUGGGCACAUCAAUGUACUGGGGCCCCCAGCAACACAACACACCAGGGUCAUUAGAAGGGGGGCGAAACGGGGCACUCCCCACAUGCUCAAACAGUUGGGGGGGGGGGGUUGCUCCCAACCCAAAUCACCAACAGGAAUAAAAUUGUAAAUAAGAAUAAACAUUCAAUAAAGUUAAAAAUAGGUUAAUUCAACUUAUUUAAACAAAACCAAACUCACUCAAAUUCUAUCAUUUGUUUUGAAAAAUCAGAAAUACAUUAUAAUUCAUCCCAGGUGAUGAUACUACUAAACUUUAAAAAAAAAAUCUGUCCAAUGUUACAGGUAUUUGGUACUACUAAACUUUAAAAAAAAAAUCUUGAGCCUGGCUUGAUACAAUGUACGUUUUCCUUCAGGCAGAAUCUACAUUUGUGGUGGUUUUAACGGCCAGGAGUGUCUGAACACAGUUGAGUACUACGACCCCACGACCAGCCAGUGGACGCUCAUUAGGUAAAGAAAGAUGGUGGCACGGUACACAUGGAACAAUACUUUAGUUGAGCCAGUCUUGAAUGAUGAGCAGGACAUUGGGAGCAUCCACGUAUAAAGUUAAGGGGGAAAAUAGAAGAAGGAUGGAAAAGUUUAAGAAUUCAAAUAAAGAAUGGGUGGUCCAAUUAUUUUUGUUGGUCACAAAAGGAACGGGAGAAAAAACAAAGGUCAUGACACAUCUCAAUUUCAAAGCAGAGCAGAACAUGUGACAGUCAGACAUACUGAAUUUAGCAUCAUGUGACAGACAGAGAGGCUGCAUUAAACAUCAUGUGACAGACAGACUGACAUCAUUAAAUAUCCUUAAUUUAAUAGUUAACAGCUCGUGGUCAUCCAUACUGUAAAAAAAUGUUGUUGUUUUUUUUAAAUUUAUUUAGUUUAUUCUUUUGUGUUGUUUUGUUGUUUUUUUUUGUUCUUUUUUUUUUUUUUUUGUUUUUUUUUUUUGUUUUUUUUUUUGUUGCAACAAAGCAUUUUACCGUCUUCUUAAAAAAAAGUUAUAUCUUGAAAUUUUUUUAUUACCCCUUAAAAAGAAAUUAGAAAUCUAUUUAUAGAUACCUCAAAGCCACUUUCUGGUGGUGUGUUAUGUUAGUUACCUGUUGGGGACAAACAAUCCGUUGGGAAACAAUUAGCCCUUAACAAUUAGGUCGAAUAUAGGUACUGACACCUUAGCAAUAAACUAAUAACACAGUCACCGUCAAAGACGCACUCAGGCAUACAACUACCUUACAAAUAGACCAGGGGCCUCAAACUCAAAUCAUGGGGGGGGGGGGNGUCUUAAGAACAUAGGGGGCCCUGGGCACAUCAAUGUACUGGGGCCCCCAGCAACACAACACACCAGGGUCAUUAGAAGGGGGGCGAAACGGGGCACUCCCCACAUGCUCAAACAGUUGGGGGGGGGGGUUGCUCCCAACCCAAAUCACCAACAGGAAUAAAAUUGUAAAUAAGAAUAAACAUUCAAUAAAGUUAAAAAUAGGUUAAUUCAACUUAUUUACACAAAACCAAACUCACUCAAAUUCUAUCAUUUGUUUUGAAACAUCAGAAAUACAUUAUAAUUCAUCCCAGGUGAUGAUAAAUUAUCAGGUUGUCCAUUUGAUUACUUAGUCUUUCUGCCUCACGCCUCGUUUUUCAUUUUCCUGAGCAGUGUCACUAAAUUAUUCUCAAAUAUUUGCCGACAGAUAUGAUAUGUUACCCUUCCCAGCAUUUUUUCAUUUAUAGUUUGAGAUGAUUCUCCAAAAAAAAGGAUUACAUUCACUCAACAGCUCUAAAAUACCUAAACAAUGUCCAUUGCUUACUGACCCCAUAGUUUGACCCAAACCUCUGGAGGCAAGAAAGCCAACGACAUAAACCCAACGAGUCAGAACUUGAUGCCAGAACUUCUGUUUUGACCUAUGGUCUUUGAUCAAUAAAGGGCCUAAACAUCUAGCUUCUUUCAGUCGAAGCAAAUAUGCAGUCAUAUCCUUGUAAUGCACUACUCCAUUUUCAUGUUCUACAAUAAUAUUGUUAUGGUUCCAAUAAUUGAAUCCUGAUAUAGCAAAGGGAAAUACUCUUUUAUAUAAUAGGCGACAAGCAAAACAAUACAAAGAACCUUGGUAUGGUGAAUAGAGAAGCCAUUCAAGUUUUACACACUCGUCAUUCCGCAGUUCCCGUUUGAACAUAUUUCUUGAUAAAAACCUUGUCUUAGUUCUUUCUUCUCCAGCUCUGCCUGAGUUUAAAAGGUUGCAGCCGUGAUUCUGACAAAAUGGUGGCUCACGGCGAAUCCAGUACUCAACUGUACAAGUGUUCUUAAGAUUCCAUUGCCCGGGAUCUGUGUGGUGAAUCACACUCUCGUUUUCUGACACAGUUUUGUGUGCUUCAGUUUUUCAAUUUCCCCAGCAGAGGAAAUGGGUGAUGGUAUUGUCUGGAACUAGAUGGCUGGAUUCAAUAGAGGAUGUAUAUGACGCUAAUUUAUUUUGAGGAGCAGUAUUAGUCACUGAUAUUUCGAUUGGAUUUAACCAAGAUUAACCGUUUUCCUUGUCUCCUCAGCUCUUUUUCUCUACUGUGUUCCAAUAAUAAAACUAUUUUUUAUUCCCGCUUAAGGGGUUAAACACAAGUAUUUCUAUAGUAAUAGCAGCAAUCUGUUUAAAAUGGAUUUGUCUGUCCCUUCAGACUGACUUUUACCCCGCUAAAAACGAACAUCGGGAAAUGAUCAAUAGCCAUGGUGCAAUUAAUAAAAUCGAUCUCUGUGUUUGAGCUACCCAUUGUGUAAGAUGAAAAUGAUUUUGAGUUUGAGCUUUAAACAGUGAGCUCAAGUAUGGCUAAAUGCCUCUAUAUUUCUGCCAACAGCUCAGACAUACGGUGACUGUUGGGUUCUAUUUAUCAUCUAAAUAUGUUUUUCAGACACAGAAUACAAAAUAUUUUUCUGUUUAAAAAUUAUAAAGUGAUUUUGACAGGGGUGGGGGUAUUGACCGACUGAUCAAAGGGGUGGGCGCGUCAGAUUACAGACCUGGGAAAGGAACUCUAUGGACCAGGGACUUAUAAAUAGGGACCUCUAGACGGGACUGACAGAACGCGGCCGGACAGAGAAGCGGACAGUCAGGGAGAGCUCCGACGGCAGGAGAAGAGGGCAGUCAGAGUUGCGAGAUGAGAGAACGUAUAAGCGAAGUGUCAGCCUAAUAAAGAACACGAUUAUAAUCAUCAAAUGUUAUCGCCUGAGUUGCUUCCUUAGUGAAUACCAGAUAUAGAUGAAGUUUAGCAGAGAGCAAGCAAGGUUUCCUUACAAUAUACUUGCAACAUAAUGCCUUUAUAAGAGGGAGUCUCCUAGAAGCAAGGGGGCCCCCUCAAAAAUGCGGGGCCUUGGGCAAGUGCCCACUGUGCCAAUGCCUUAAGACGGUACUGUGUUUGUCCUCUUUAUCUGGUCACUGGUCACGGCGCACUGCGGUCGUCUCGGUGACGAAACGGGUCUCUGGUAACUCGCACUGCAACGUGGGCGUAGACUCUAAGCACACACACACAGCUUCUGGUGGGGGUGUCUGAUAUUCUAGUAGUAGUAGAACUAAUCUACGCAGGGUUCGUUUAAUUUAAUAGGAGAUCAGCGUUAUUCUGACCCUAACGGCUGACUCCACUAACUGAAAUGUACUAGCUUCUACAGUAGUAAAUUCAACUGUCAAUUACUUCACCGUUCUUACUGAACUAUAACUUACUUGUUCAACUAUUAAUUACUCAAUUAUUACUUUCUAGUUCAACGAUCACUCACUGAUCCACUGAUCCAAAUAUUACUUACUGGCCAAAUGUUAUUUACUGGCUAGAAAUGAGAAUAACAAAUACAAUGCAUAAGACAUGGUAAACAAUUAAAAACACAUCACAUUAUUAAUAAUCAAUCAUAACAGUAACUAUAGUCCUUACAUUUUCUUAAUUAAUAACAUUAGAACUGCAAUUCUACAUACCAGUACACAUGAAUAUGAAGAUUUACAAUACUAACCCAACCUAAUCAGGAUAAACACACUUCAUCAACUAAUUAUGCAAGCCAGGCUCUAACUGACAUACUUCAGGUGAAAGAAGCCGAUACAUGAUUAGGGCCUUCAAUAUAUGCUCUAAGUUUGGCGUCAUUGUCCCGCAUUCAAGAGUGGCAUUCAAGAGUCGCGUUCACGGGUCUCACAUGCGCCCGCGUUGGUAUUCAGGCGUCGCUUGGUGUCCUGAAUUCUCAUGACUCACAUGCGUCGCUUGGGACGCUUGACCAGAAUGAGUGCAUUGUUUAACUUGUAUCACGGCCAAGGUUAUCAGGCUAAUUUACAUUGUUAUUUGAGUCAUUACUUAUUAUUUUAAGGCCCAGCCUAAUUGUGUCAUAUCGGGUGGGUUAGCGAUGAAGAGAGAGUGAGCCAGCGGGUCUCACAAAAGUGAGGACCAGCGGGUCUCAACAGUCCGCGGGUUGCGAGCUUGAUACCCCUGAAAUAGAAUGAAUGAAAGCAAGACUUUAAAUGAAUUCAUAAUUAAUUUUAUUUAUUGAACAUAAAAUAAGACUAAUUCUUAAUAAACAAAAAUACAUUUAUCAUCAAAUUAUAUUCACCAUGAAUAACAGGUAAGAGGACUAUACCAUAUAAUAGGUUAAAAAAUAUCACAUUAAGUCAUAUGUACCCAAACCAUCACAAAAAGCAGUCAUCUGUUUUGGAAGUGACCAUCCUCGAAUUCCUCGAAGGAGUGUCAAAGCGUGCCGUAUCUCUUGACACCUGAUGUCAGGAACUACUAUUUAAAUUGACUUUUCGUUUAUUGUGAUUAUUAAAAAUAUAAAUUCAGGAUUUUUUUAAAAACCAUGAUAAAGAAAAAAAAAACAGUAUCUCGUUUAAGAAAAUCAACAAUCAGUUUUCAGUUUCAACGCCUUAAUCAAAACACCGCAGAUGUUAGUUGGCCUCGAGUUUUAGUCUGUUUAUUAUUAUUAUUAUUAUUAUUUAAUUAUCAUGAGUUUUUAUAUAUCGCAGUACCCCAGCCUAGGGCUAGGCUCACUGCGCUUCACGUAAAAAUUAUCAGUUACAGAAAAGUAUACAUUUAAAAACAACAAUUGGUGAAAAGUCUGACCUCACCCUCCCAAGUACUAUCUACCCCUGUCCAGCCAUGGACAGCACCCUCCCAAGUACUAUCUACCCCUGUCCAGCCAUGGACAGCACCCUCCCAAGUACUAUCUACCCCUGUCCAGCCAUGGACAGCACCCUCGGUUCAUGAUAGAUGGGGACAGGUCGGUACCUGUCGACCCAGCAGCAUCGAGCGUUGUUUAUCCGUUAGAGGUGUGGGGGGGGGGGGGUGAGACUGAGUCAGUAUGGUACAGUUUGAAGAGAUGGCUCUUGAGGGCAGUUUUGCGACUGUGCAUCGUGGACCAGCCGUACUGUAACGGUGUGUUCCCUGCUUUCAGCCCCAUGCGGAAUCGUCGCAGUGGAGUUGGUGUCAUAGCUUACAACGGUAUGAUAUACGCCCUGGGAGGCUUCAAUGGCAUAACCCGGAUGAACACUGGUGAGCGCUACUGCCCCGUCAAGAAGACAUGGUCCACCAUACCGGAAAUGUACAGCCCGCGAAGCAACUUUGCCAUUGAGGUUAGUGACGAGUCAGUCUGCGUUUUGGUCUCUUUCUAUCUAGUCGGUUACUUCCACCGUCUCGUGUGUUCAUUGGCGUUGUUUUCACACACACACACAGACACAUUUGUUUUCAAUUAUAAAUAAACCUGUUAUAAAUCACAUUUGAAGAAAAAAAAAUCAAAAUGACUUGAUGAACUCGUGAUUUAGUGAAUAGGAGUGAUCCUUUCUAUUCUGUGUGGAUGAAAUAGUAGAACAAGGUAUGUGAAAGCUUGAAUCAAACGACAGGAGACUAAGACGUGAAUGUUUCGGCGUAGAGCCUUUCUCGGCAAACAGGACGGAUGAAAAUAAGACAAGAAACCAAGCACAGUAAAAACAAAACUUAAUCUCCUUUGUUGUUGCCGGAAGUAGGAAGGAGGAUUUUGUUCAUUCAACCGUCCACAUAUCUUGUUCGACUAUUUCACUCGCACAGCUUGAAUGCAGCCCUUCGGUUGUUAUCUUCUAUUCUGUGUGUGCAGGUAAUAGAUGAGAUGGUCUUCGUCAUUGGCGGCUUUAAUGGUGUCACGACCAUCUUCAACGUGGAGUGCUAUGAUUCUAAAGCUGACGAAUGGUAAUAUUUUCUUUUCAAAGAACGUUGGUCUUUGUUUUGUUUUAGGAUUUUGUUUGCACUCGUACAUUUACGGAUAUUUCAACUUUUUUUAGUGCUACACUUUACAGCAGUGUUUCUCAAAUGGUGGUCUGCGGACCUUACGUUGCCUGUACGCACAACAUAAAUAUUUGAUGGUCGAAUAAAAAGAAAACUUAAUUAAUAAAUCUGUCACAGGUUCCUUAUAAAAUGCCAAAACGUGUCCACCGGUCCCUGGUGCAAUUUCAAAACGUGUCCACCGGUCCCUGGUGCAAUUUCAAAACGUGUCCACCGGUCCCUGGUGCAAUUUCAAAACGUGUCCACCGGUCCCUGGUGCAAUUUCAAAACGUGUCCACCGGUCUGCCAAACUUAAAAGUUUGGGAAAUGCUACUAUACAGUGUUUCCCAGCGUUUCUUGUGCCAUCGGCGAACAUUUAAAAAAAAAAAAAAAUCUCUGUUGUUUUAAGAACAGGCCGUCAUGGUAACCAGCCAUCAUGGUAACAGGCCGUCAAAGUAACAGGCCAUCAUAGUGACAGGCCGUCAUGGUGACAGGCUGUGGAUGCAUUUCAUAUGAUGUUUCUGAAGUAACCGUCUAUGGGGUGAUGUGUAAAAAAACAAAAUCAAACUUGAUAUCUUAUAGCUUAGCCUGGGUUGUUGUACGAUUUUGAUAUAAGCCUCAUUUUAUGAUUCUAAAAAAUGUUGCUAGAUUCCGCCUCAAAUUCUAAUACCGUAACGCAAAAUAUUUUUAAUACAUUUAUUCAUAAGUAAACUGUUCAGUUACUGUUUAAAAAAAAAAAAUCACAUCUCCAGUUACUUUUCUCCCCACUCGUCUGUUCCCAGCAAAGCGGCUUCCAGAACAUUAAAAAGUGCCCCCCCCCCUAGCGCCCCACCCCACCGGCGUCAGAUCCUCUUAAUAACCCCUUAUCUCGUACGUUCUACAGGUAUGACGCUCACGACCUCAGCCUGUACCGAAGUGCGUUAAGUGCGUGUGUGGUGCGCGGCCUCCCAAAUGUACUGGAGUAUAUUCACAGUGACCCUUGACCCUUUCAACAUCUCAUCAUCCUAAACAAUUUACAUCGCAUAUAUUUGAACUCCAUCAAACUUCGAGAUCUGCACAGUUAGGUAGCGAAAGUUCAACACGCUAAAGCUAAAACGAAAGUGGAGCAAAAAGAAGAAGUCAACGCCCAGACUGAAGGAGC